CGGCCGAUCUGUUGUGCAACACAUUUUCAUCCAGUGUUUUGGUUUGAGAAUGAUCACAAGCUAAAUUAAAACACCGAGUCUGUAUUACUGCUGUCUGUUAAUGUUAGAUGUCCCUGGUUUUAUGACAUUGCAGCUUUUAUAAUGAAAUGUGAUGGUGAGUCAGCAACAUGUAGUAAUGUAGAGGAGGAUGAACCAGUUGAGGUAAAGCUGUCAGACAAACAGCGAGCCCAAAUUGAGCGGAACCGGCAGAAGGCAUUGCUGAUAAGACAGGCUCGUUCACAGAGCCAGCCAAACACAAAUGAAAAACAGGGACUGACGUUAAAACGACCUCGGCAGGAGAUAGACACUGGAGCGGGAUUUUUUAUUGAAGAAGAUGAAGAAGUGCUUUCUAAGGUUGCGACAAAGGUCAAACAUCCAUUGGGGCCUGUCAUGGCAGUCGAUAACUUGAUUUGCUCCGAUUGUCAGAAAGAAUUCAUGGAGUCCUUCUUGUAUGAACAUUUUGAUCUGGCAGUGUGUGAUGUCUGCAGGGAAAAAGAAGAAAAAUACAAACUGAUCACAAAAACAGAUGCUAAAAGCAAAUAUCUGCUAAAAGACUGUGACUUUGACAAGCGAGAGCCUCCACUCAAGUUUAUAAUUCGCAAGAAUCGUCAAAACCCACGGUGGGGAGACAUGAAACUAUACCUCAGUAUGCAGGCAGAAGCGAGAGCUCUCGAAGUGUGGGGCAGUGAGGAAAACAUUGAAGAGCAACAUGAACAACGGGUAGAGAACAGAGAAAAAACGAAACAAAAGAAAUUUGAUAAACGGGUUAAAGAACUCAGGAUGGCAGUACGGAGCAGUCUGUGGAGAAAAACGACGACAAACCACGAACACGAGUAUGGAGAAGAAAGUUACAAUGAGGAUGAGGACGAGUAUUCAAAAACAUGUAAAACAUGUGCUUACGUCAUGACGUAUGAAAAAAUGUGAUCGUGUUCACAGGCACAAUACUUCCUAAUUAGUGUUUUCCCUAGCUUGUGUUAGCAUGGUGCAGCACCAUGCCUCAAUAGUCUAGUGCCAUCUUGCCUUAAUGAGCACCAUGCUGCCCUGAGAUUAAACAAGCCUUUUUCACCAAUUAAUUCUA